GGCAAAUAAACUAAUAUGUAGUAAUUGGAUGGGUUUGGUUUAUAAAUAGAGGCGGGGGAAGUGAUGUAGCAGUAAUACGAAGCGGGAAAAGUAAACCUUUUAUAAUAUUAAAGUGGGAGUGGGAGAUGAGGGUAGGUGAGACUCCGGCGACGGAAGUGAAGAUGAAGGAAGAUGGAUACAGCGGCAGUGAAAGAGAGUACAUAAGGAAGCACCAUAGGCACCAGCCGGCAGAGAAUCAAUGCACUUCCUUUCUGAUCAAGCACAUCAGAGCACCUCUUCAUCUCGUGUGGUCAUUGGUUAGGAGAUUUGAUGAACCACAGACGUACAAGCCAUUUGUGAGGAGGUGCAUUGUGCAUGGAAACGUUGAGAUUGGGAGUGUUAGAGAAGUUGAUGUGAGAUCAGGGCUUCCCGCCACCACAAGCACUGAAAGAUUGGAGCUCCUUGAUGACGACCAGCAUAUCCUCAGAUUCAGGAUUGUUGGGGGAGAUCACAGGCUCACGAACUACUCUUCCAUUCUCUCUCUCCAUCCUGAGGUGGUUGAUGGAAGACCUGCAACUCUGGUGAUCGAGUCGUUUGUGGUAGAUGUACCUCCGGGGAACACUAAAGACGAAACCUGCUACUUUGUACAAGCAUUCAUCAACUGCAAUCUCAGAUCUCUUGCUCACGCUUCAGAGCAGCUAUCUGAGACAACCCACUCAUCAUGUGUAAUGGUCCAGGCAGACUCUGUGGAACCACAUCUAAGUUGCUGUUGAGAGCGUCAUCUUUUUUUUUUAAGUGACAGAGAAAAGUCCACAGCCACUACUCGAGAAUAUAAGAGCAUCAUCUUCAUCAUACAAGUAUGCGCUUUAACUUAAACAUUAGAGCCAGUUUGUAACAGAAAAGUUUGAACCAUUUCCAAUUACUGUUUUGUUCUUUGAGAAUGUAAAAUUUAUCUAAUUAUAAAAGCAUGGACUCAGCAUCUUACUGAGCAAUUUGGAUGCAAAAUACACAAAUUUUCUGAAUAA